AUGAACACUCUGUCUGAAGCAAACGGCACCUUUGCCAUCCACCUUUUAAAGAUCCUUUGUCAAAACAACCCUUCGAAAAAUGUAUGUUACUCUCCUGUGAGCAUCUCCUCUGCUCUAGCUAUGGUCCUCUUGGGGGCGAAAGGAGACACUGCAGUCCAGAUAUCUCAGGCACUUUGUUUAAACACAGAGGAAGACAUUCAUCAAGGCUUCCAGGGGCUUCUCAGUAAUCUGAACCAGCCCAACAGAAAGUACUCGCUUAGAGUGGCCAACAGGCUCUUUGCAGAGAUCACUUGUGAAUUGCUCCCAACCUAUAAGGAGUCCUGUCUUCAGUUCUACCACUCGGAGCUGGAGCAGCUGUCCUUUGCCAAAGCUCCAGAGGAGUCCAGGAAGCACAUAAACACGUGGGUCUCCAAACAGACUGAAGAAAAAAUUCCAGAGUUGAUGUCAGGAGACUCAGUUGAUUCAGAGACCAGGCUGGUUCUUGUCAAUGCCUUAUACUUCAAAGGAAAGUGGCAAGAACAGUUUGACGAAGCAUGCACAAGGGAAAUGCCCUUUAAAAUAAACCAGAGUGAGGAAAGACCAGUGCAGAUGAUGUGCCGGGAAGACGUAUUUAACCUCGCCUACGUGAAUGAAGUAAAGGCACGGGUGCUGGAGAUGCCCUACGAUGGCAUGGAGCUGAGCUUGGUGGUCCUGCUUCCAGUUGAUGGUGUGGACCUCAGCCAGGUGGAAAACAAUCUCACCUUUGAGAAGUUAACAGCCUGGACCAAAUCCGACUUUAUGAGGAGCACUAGGGUUGAGGUUUUCCUUCCAAAAUUUAAACUGCAAGAGAAUUAUGACAUGAAGUCUGUGUUUCAGCACCUGGGAAUGGUGGAUGCCUUCCAAGACGGCAAGGCUGAUUUGUCAGGAAUAUCUCCAGAGAGAGGCCUGUGUGUGUCCAAGUGUGUUCACAAGAGUGUUGUGGAGGUCAAUGAAGAAGGCACUGAGGCUGCAGCUUCUACCAUGGUAUCUAUAGUCUUUUUCUCAUCUGCUGGUGUCCCAAAGUUCCGUGCUGACCAUCCCUUCCUUUUCUUCAUCAGGCACAAUGAAACCAACAGCCUCCUGUUCUGUGGCAGGUUCUCCUCUCCAUAG